GUGCGCUACAGGGUGCCUGGGAGUGUGUGUGCGCUACAGGGUGCCUGGGAGUGUGUGUGCGCUAUAGGGUGCCAGAGAGUCCGCGCCAAAAGUGACAGUUCAGUUUGGAAGGAGAUGCAGGCAGUGAGAGACAGCUCCUCCCAGGCAGGGAAUAUCCCCUGUGAGUACAAAGGGACAGUGCCGAGAGUGCUUGGAAGCCAAUGAGGAAGUUGAAGGUAUUUGUGUAACUAUGGGAGAGAGUGUUCCUCCGGCACCUGUGGCACCCCCAGUUAUGGAGUCGGUGAGGGAGAACCUGGGCUUCUGCGGCUUUCUGAGGAAGAGGAAGGACACUAUGAAAUUUACGUGGGCGAAGUAUUGGUUUAAGCUGCAAAAUACCACUCUGUAUUUCUAUACCAGUCAGGAGGCGCAUGAAUCAUGCCUGCGAGGCCAGUAUUACAUGGGCAGAGUGCAGUCUGUACGGAAAGUCUCAGUCACAGAUGUGGAAUAUCCUUUCGAGAUUGUCAUGAAAAAUGGGAAAAGGAAAAUUCUGGCGGCAGACACAGCUGAUUUGCGAGACGUGUGGAUGGAGUUUCUGUGGAAGUCGAUGCAGUUACCGGGGCCGGGCAGACAUCUUUCCUCUUGCACAUGGUACGACAUCCCCCGCUUGUUGGAAAGAGCAAGUUCGGCAUCUGGUGAGGGACUAGAGGAGGAAUUGCGCCCGGACAGCCCCCCGUGUGACCACGUCUUUGGCCACUUAGAUGAAACCCCACUGCUCCUUCAUUCUGCUGAUAAGGGUGGGCAAUUCAUUAACACCAGGGACUCAUGUAAUAAUGCACCGUUGCCUCCCUCUACUGAUAUCCGUAACGUACAGCUGCCCCAUCCUCCAUUUUACUGCAAUGUGCCUCUUCCUUCUGCCCUUGCAUGCAGAGAUGCCUUUAACAUAGAACAGACAUUUAUUCCCUGCGAUCACAGGGGAACCUACUUGAAGCCUUCUUAUCCCACAGAUGGAGGGGUAACAAUGCAGCCUUCUUAUCCCACAGAUGGAGGGGUAACAAUGCAGCCUUCUUAUCCCACAGAUGGAGGGGUAACAAUGCAGCCUUCUUAUCCCACAGAUGGAGGGGUAACAAUGCAGCCUUCUUAUCCCACAGAUGGAGGGGUAACAAUGCAGCCUUCUUAUCCCACAGAUGGAGGGGUAACAAUGCAGCCUCUUUAUCCCACAGAUGGAGGGGUAACAACGCAGCCUCUUUAUCCCACAGAUGGAGGGGUAACAACUCAGCCUCUUUAUCCCACAGAUGUAGGGGUAACAACGCAGCCUUUUAUCCCACAGAUGGAGGGGUAACAAUGCAGCCUUCUUAUCCCACAGAUGGAG